AUGGCGACCUAUGGGAAAAAGAAACGCUCUCUCUUCCCAUCUUUCUCCGCACUCCGGGACUCCGAUGCUGAGUUCAAGCCAAAGAAGGGGAAGGAAAAUACACAGAAAAGAGGCUCUAUAGCUUUUACCGCGCCGCCCAUCUUUUAUGACAGCAAUUACAAGGAAGAGUCUCCAUCAAACCCCCACGACGAUAGCAUCGACGAGAUGGCGAGUAUGUUACUUGAAGACACCGAAUUCGAUCAGCUGAAACCCGAAGCUGGUAAACGAGCAUCUUACAGCGCGGCUUCAAGGACACUUCCAGGACCACCACGUAUGGGAUUACAAGAUAGCAAAACCCUGCCACAGUUGCCAUCAAUGAUCUUCAAUGGAGACGACGCUUGGGCGCUAAGAAUGUCUUCAGUGGUCACUGCUGUUGGAAGCUCAAACCAGAUGGACUUCGGUGCUGGUGGACCCUCCAAUAAGUCGGAUCAGAACGCAGGCCAUACCAGAAAGACUUCCACUCCUGCAAUUCCCCGAAAGUCAUCGAAGCGAAGGUCUGCACGUCCCAGAAGCGCACUGUUCCAAGCUCCACCUGAAGUCAAUGAACGUCGGAGCCAGGUGUCUCGACACACUUUGAAGAGUAGCAUAUCGCCUCCGCAACCUCAGGAUAUACCUCUUCCUAUAAAGACGACGGCUUUUGACGCAGUUGAUGUUAACAGCAAGAUUGAGGCCAUGAUAGCCGCUACAAAAGCCUUAAAGCCUGGCUGUAAUGAUUCUGUACCUCAGGGGGUGUUGGUACCAGUCAAAAAGCGACGAUUUGAGAGCAAGGUGUUGACCAAGAUGAAGACUGCCCUCAACGGUAGGUUCCAGGUACGAAAUGGUAGGAAGCGGGACUCGAUGCUGAACGAGAGGCUUCUCGACACGUCGCUCAAUGAGGCCCUUGAUUUUGAGGACGAGAGCUCUGCUUCAGCUGUUGCGUUGACCACCAUGGAGCUACGCAUGAAUGAAGGCGAUAACUUCAAGAAUCCCAAGAUCUACACUCUCACCGGCCAUGGCAAUGUUCGUCGCAAGCCACUGGCAGACGAUGGGAAGUCUUUGAGAAGCCGAAAGUCGACUGAACGUGCCGAGGAUCCAUUUGCCGAGCGACCUUCAAGUGGGAUCACACGCACCCCUACGAGCUUUGAGAAUCGGCUGAAUGACUCCCCCCAAGGCAGCGAAUUUGUCCCAGAUCUCCCAAGUCUUUGCCACACUCCUAAUAACAAGGCCCGCGAGAAGAGAGUUCGAACCUCUCUGUAUGGGAGGGAUCACCAGGACUUUGAUGCCAUGCUUUCUUCAAGCCCCUUCGGCCAAUCAACACCUCGUAUCCGACUUGAGCCCACAUUCGACGCAGAUGGGAAGAGAUCCUUGAGCUUCGUCCCAGCUGAGAGUCGCUCGUUGUUUGACCCAGAAAAUUCGAGUAUGGACAUCGAUACCAGUGAUCAUCUCAGAAGGUCCUCCUCGUCACGAGAGCCUAUGAAACGCAGUUACUCCAAUACCAGACCCAGAGAAUAUCGUGCUAGUUGGCAAAGCUCAAAGAGAAUGAAAAAACAUCCCUCUCCAAGCAAAGCUGACCUCGAGGAGCUUGAGAAAGACUUGCAGAACUUCUUGCCCUGCAGCUCACCUGGAGAUCAAACCCUCGAAGAAGACAAGUUCCCUAUGGAUAGAACCUUGACACCAGCUUCUGCACUCUCUCCCACAGAUGCCAAUAAGAAACUUCUAGGCAGCAGGCGUCGUCAGGCUCUAAAUGUUGAACCGAUGAAAACCAUAGAAUCAAUGCCGAACCUCCCUAGCAGACCAAAGUAUCAACCACCAAGUCUCCAACCAAGAAAGAAGACUGUGGAAGGCCUAAGCCGACAAUUCAUGAGCUGCAAUAACAUGGCAGAUGAUCGCAGCAUCAUGGAUAUCGAUGAGUUGCAAUGGGAUAAUGCGGCUUACAAUAUCGGGCUCAAGAGGGUCUAA